GCUCAGGGUGACAGCCUCCCUGCCGCAAGAUGUCACUGUACCGAUAUACACAUUUCCUCCUUAACCAAGCCUUCCUUGAAGGGUGUGUUUGAAGGUUGUAUUUAAUAACGUACGGAAUUAUUUCUGGGUAGAUAGAGGGAGAUUACAAGGAGCAAAUGAAACGGCAGCUUGCAAGGAGAUGGGACAGGAAACUAUACUGAUCUGACAAUUACUAAACCGUGCAGGGAACUAUACCAGAAAGACAGUGGGACAGAUGGGAUCAAAUAUGACUAUAUAUUAGCUGGUCGGCGUUGUUAGUUUAGAUGCUAAUGUGGUAACAUAAUGCAGGCAAGAUACACGUUUUAGUAUAACUAAAGCCGAUGGUCUGGGAGGGCAACGUUAUAUUUGGUUGUUUUAUAUAUUCCUAUUUGAUAUCGUUUUUGGAAACAUCUUUUUUUUUGUCCUGUCUUAAUCACUGUUAACCUGCUACGUCAGUGGUUAGCAGUGCUAUGGGAAAGUAGAUUUGCAAUGCAAUCGGAAACGCUGUUCUUUGUAAGUUGCUGUCGGAAGAUGCUAAUAUAAUAUUAUCUGAUGCUCAACAUGCAGCUUGCAAGUCUAGCCCUAGUAAAGUUACUGCUGGCGUAUCAGCAUAGUUCAAAUCUUGAAAUCUAGUAAUAUAUAUAUAUAUAUACCUCCAUGGUAGAUGAGACUGGUUGUAGUCCAAGCCUUGAUUUUAACUGCUUUCUGUUUUGUUAUAUUGUUUAAAUUCAUGUUUUUUUCCCGGUAUUAAAUUAGACUCCUGUAGCGGGUAGAGUUUUAUAAGUGUUUACAAUUAUUGUUCCAGACGAAGCUACUUGCGUUAGUAAUUAAAAUGCCGGUGCGGGACCUUUUAAGCACAUCAUCGAAGCUUAGCCCGUUUCAGCCCCGUUAUGAGCAUUUACUGUUGUUGGUGUGCGUGCUUGGAACGGUGUUGCCGCUCGGAGUAGAUUGUAAUCCUUCUGCAGAGAAUCACCAAAUCAAUGGUACACAGAAGAAGUCAUUCCCAGUGCUCAGCUUCGACUACCUUCACGUUCGCCUGCCCUUUGAGAUUGCACUAUGGAUACUGUUGGCCUCCCUGAUGAAACUCGGAUUCCAUUUGAUUCCUCGUCUGUCCAACAUUGUUCCGGAGAGCUGCUUGCUCAUUGUGGUGGGGCUGCUGGUGGGCGGUUUGAUCAAAGUGGUGGGUGAGGCUCCGCCAGUCCUGGAUUCUAAGGUCUUCUUCCUGUGCCUGCUGCCACCCAUCAUUCUGGACGCGGGGUAUUUCCUGCCUAUCCGUGCCUUCUCGGAGAACACGGGCACCAUCCUGAUGUUCGCUGUCAUUGGGACGCUGUGGAACUCCUUCUUCAUGGGCGGCAUGCUCUACGCCGUGUGUCAGAUCCCUGGCACAGGCUUGGAGAAUGUGGGGCUGCUGCCCAGUCUCCUGUUCGGUUCCAUUAUCUCUGCUGUAGACCCUGUGGCAGUGCUGGCUGUGUUUGAGGAGAUCCACAUCAAUGAGUUGCUGCACAUCCUGGUGUUUGGGGAGUCGCUUCUCAACGAUGCCGUCACUGUGGUGCUGUACCAUCUGUUUGAGGAGUACGCCGGAGUGGGAUCGGUAACGUUCAUGGAUGUCCUCCUGGGAGUCAUCUGUUUCCUCGUGGUGUCCCUGGGAGGUGUCUUCAUGGGGAUACUGUAUGGGUUGAUCGCGGCCUUCACCUCCCGGUUCACAUCGCACACCCGCGUGAUCGAGCCACUCUUUGUGUUCCUCUACAGCUACAUGGCCUACCUGUCGGCUGAGGUUUUCCAUCUCUCUGGGAUCAUGGCAUUGAUUGCCUGUGGGGUGGUAAUGAGACCUUAUGUGGAGGCCAACAUUUCACAAAAAUCUCACACCACCAUUAAAUACUUCUUGAAGAUGUGGAGCAGCGUCAGUGAGACUCUCAUUUUCAUCUUCCUGGGUGUGUCCACUGUGGCCGGACCCCACCAGUGGAACUGGAUCUUUGUGGGCUGCACACUCCUCUUCUGUCUUGUCUCCCGAGUUCUAGGUGUCAUUGGGCUGACCUCUAUAAUUAACAAGUUCCGCAUCGUCAAACUGACCACCAAGGACCAGUUUAUUAUAGCGUAUGGCGGCCUGCGUGGGGCAAUCGCUUUCUCUCUGGGAUUUCUGCUGGACAAACACCACUUCCCCAUGAGAGACAUGUUCCUGACGGCCAUCAUCACUGUCAUCUUCUUCACCGUCUUCGUUCAGGGAAUGACCAUCCGUCCCUUAGUGGAGCUCCUGGCUGUGAAGAAGAAGCAGGAGACGAAGCGUUCGAUCAAUGAAGAGAUCCACACACAGUUCCUGGACCAUCUCUUAACUGGGAUAGAGGACGUCUGUGGACAUUAUGGGCAUCAUCACUGGAAGGAUAAGUUAAGUCGCUUCAAUAAGAAGUACAUCAAGAAGUGCUUGAUUGCAGGGGAGCGGUCUAAGGAGCCCCAGCUGAUUGCCUUCUAUCACAAGAUGGAGAUGAAGCAGGCUAUUGAGCUGGUAGAGAGCGGGGGCAUACCCAAGAUCCCAUCUGCUGUCUCCACUGUCUCCAUGCAGAAUAUUAAGCCCAAACGAGCUCUGCCCCAGCUUUCCAAAGGAAAAGAGGAGGAGAUCCGGAAUAUACUUCGCAGCAAUCUACAGAGAACCAGGCAGAGGCUGCGAUCGUACAACAGACACACUCUGAUGGCCGACCCGUAUGAGGAUGCCUGGAACCAGAUGCUCAUAAGAAGGCAAAAAGCACGGCAACUUGAGAAAAGGAUGACUAACUACUUGACAGUACCAGCUAACCAUCCAGAUUCUCCAACUAUGAUGAGAUCUAGGCUUUCUUCAGAUCCUCAGGGGUACAGUUUGAAAUUGAAUUCGGGGAACGUCCCUGCGAUUGUUGUGGACCCUGCAACACCACAGUCCCCGGAGUCAAUGAAACUGCAGGAGGAGUCGUCUAAACCAGGGGAAGAGGACCAGGGGAUAGUCAUGAGAGCAAAGCUCCCAGAAUCCUCCAGAACAGAUGAUAAUGUCUUCACUCCCGGGGAGGACAGUCCGAAAGAGCAGCGUCUAAUACGCUGCCUCAGUGACCCGGGGCCCCCCCCAGAGGAGGAGAAAGAUGACGAGUACCAGGCCUUCUUAAAUUGAAAUCUGAACCAAUUUGCUUGUCCAGCACUUCUGCAGUCAUUCCUGUUUGGUAAAGCCAAAAUAAUGAACUAAUGAAUUAAAACUAUAUUUAAAAAAAAGCCAUUUUUAUUUGUAAAGUUAAAUAUCUUAAUGGGAGGUGGAAUUAACCAAAGGUGUACUAUUUUACAAGGUUCUGUCUGAAUGGGGCUUUGGAUAAUAAACUGCUGUGUUUUAUUUAUUAUUGUGUCUGGGCAGAUUAAGGGAAGUUAGGGGGGUGUUUCAGUUACCUGCUGCUUCUGUUUUUGGUAUCUUGUGGCAUGCAGUAGGCUGCAGGCAGUUUUCUGCAGCAGUAUAUAAAGUUGUAAUCGUGGGAACUGCCUUAUUAAUAAGUGCUUUGAUGUAUUUGCAAACUUACAGGUCUGUGAGUGAGGGUACCUUGCAUUGUAAAUAGCCAUCCGGGAAUCUCUUUCACCGUGUGUAGUUUUAUAUAGUAGUUCUGAAGCAAUACGGCUGGUAACAUUGCUGGGCAGCCUGCUUUCUUGCUUGGUUCCUAACCUGGAGAUCUGUGGACUGAGGACUUGUGUUUAUAAAUGGCACUCCAGUCCUGUUCAGCUUGAUGGGCAUAUAUAGUUAUGUAACAUAAGUUGAACUACUUUUCAAGGUGCACAAUGAACCUAUGCUAGGGGGGUCAGUCAGAGAUUGGUAAAGGGAUUUUAAUAGAUUUUGUAAAUACAGGUGUAACAAAAAAUAGUUAACUAGUUCAAUUAAGCCAACAACUCAAAGCAAAACGUUUUUAAAAUAGCUGGUAGAAGAGUGCGUUCUCUAGUGGACACAGAUUAAACAGGCAAUAUAAAUGUCAUUUUAAAUGUAGAAUAAAAAUAAGAACACUAAAUUCUGUGCCUUUUUUGGUUCAAUUUAUGUUGACCUGACACAUAUAUGACUGUACUGUAAAUAUAAUUCCUGAAUAUUAAGAACACUCCCCUCCCUAGUUUUUUUUUAAAUGCAUUUCAGUUGCAGACCAAAUCACUCAACCUAUGUCGGUCAUGCUUUUUACUUUAUAACCAAAGAAACCUUAAUUUGUGAAGCAUCCCUAGCCUUUAAACGGCACUUACUUUUAUGUUAUAUAUCUUUAUUUGGUGUCAUGGCAAUUGCGUCCAUAUUGUGGUCAGUACAGUAUAUAGCCAGCAAAAUGUCCAUAUUGUAAUGUUCACCCUUGUGUAGGGGGCAUGCUGCUGUACAGGAAUAGGAAAUAGACUUGUACUAUGACAUGUACAUCUGGGAUUCUUCUUCCACUACCUUCAUUUUUACACUAAAUGUAUUUAACUGUAUAUUUAAUUUUAAAAAAGGGAUUGGGAACUCUGGGUUGAAUUCUCCGUUGAAGAGACCGGGUUUUGUCGGCUUCCAGUUCAUAGCAGUUUGUUCGGUUGCCGAUGGAAACCAAUGGGAUUGAUUUUAAAAUACUGAUUUCAGUCCCUGUGGGAGACUGUGGAAUACAACUAGAUGCACAUUCCAAGACAAACUGUUUUGUGUUUGUAAUUCUUUAUUAGAGAAGCAUAGGGGGAAAAAAAACCCCAAAAAACAUUUUUUUUCUUCAUGGCAAAUAACCUCAGACCUAUUUUUCAAUAUCCCUAAUUUUAUUUUUUUUGUCUUGGAUUAAAUCCAAAUUCUGUACAGUUCGUACAUUAAGGAUUUUUGUAAGGUAUAUAGGAACAUUCCCAUUUAACUUUGUUUUUGUAUGCAAAGAAAAUAUUGUGUAUUUGGUUUAUUUGAAACAGUCUCCAAAUAUUCUUGAAAAUUAGAAGUAAUUUUUUCCUUUGAAAUAGCAAGAACUCUUGUGCUAACUUCAUUAACGGGUAUUAAAGAUCUCUGGGUAGAUUCAAGUAACUGACGUCCCCAAAAUACACAGCUUUAUAUAGCAAUGUUUACUGUAGUUAAGUGCAGGUGGUAAAACUUGAAGGUAGAAAGUAUCACCAGGUGUAUACCCAGCUCCCCAAAUUAUACUAUGCAACAUGAUGUUUAAGAAACAUAACUAUGUCCUACAUGAUGUGUUGUAAAAUAUGUUUAUAAAAAGUAAUAGGAUAUCAUUGUGAGAUAUAUAUCAUUAUAGAGAUAUUUUUUAAAUUUUACUAUUAUAGUGCUGGGACAAAUAUUGAAAUAUUCAAAACCAACGUUGCUUGAAAUGUAUUUGGUGACAAAAAUAAUUUAUACCAAAAAACAAAAAUAACCCACCAAUUUUUUUAAAAAAUGUAUUGUCUCUUGUUUUUUAAUUAAAUAAAAAGACAUUCUACCAAAUGUUGUGAAUCUCGUUUGUUUUAGACAGUAAUCUGGUCGUCUGGAUUUCGUUGGAGUCAAAGACAGUGCUACUGUAUAUUCGAAUAUAUCCAGUGGUAUGUAAGGAUAUUCCUGUUUGUCCCUGUACUAAUAGCAUUACCAUUCUAAAGACUGUGUUUUGCACACAGUGAUGUACGGGUGUUUGUUGUUGAUGUGACGUAUUGGUUUUAAUUGUCCUGGAUUAUUGACAUAAAAAAAAACAUAUAGGGGACGUUGAAGUAUUAGUGUUUUUUUCCUUUUGAUCACCCAAAGUACUCACAAGAGACGGGGUCAACUGCCAACUUAUUACUUCUAAAAAAAAAAAAUAAGUUCACUUUUAUAACUUUUCAAUUUGUAGUCAAAAUGUGAUUUAUCGGAGCCUUUGCCCUGUCCGGUCCUGUCUCAUGCUAAUACUUCAACAUCCCUAAAGUAGUGACAGUUUGUUUGGUCGAAGGUUGUUCUUCAGCAGUCUUCUCAUUUUCUAUGAUGGCAAUUGUAUUUAAAGACUGGAGUUGAUGCCCUGAUUCAAUUAGAAGGAAUAUAAAGAUGAACUCUUGUUGCUCCAUUACUUUGCACAUGGCUGUGUCUGCCUUUUGUAAGAGCCCUUGUGGCCCGCGCUGCUUGGGUAUUGAUUCGUACACACUGAUGUUUACAGUCAGCGAGUACCCAAAGUACCUAGGCUUUGUUUCAAUCAGUUGAGUUUUUGUAUUCAUUUUACUAUUCUAUUGUGAUUUGUUGCACUUGAGAACAAUGCAGAUUUAAAGGAGCAAUUACCAACAAUGUAUAAUCUAUUGUGUUACCUCUUUUUAGCGUUAUCGUUCCUUUAAAUCACAAUUUCCAUAUUGAACAUGAAGCCUGGCCUGCCUAGUUAGAUAACUUGGGCUAGUUAAGAGUUGAGAACCCCUGUUCUAAACAUACAGGGGUAGGGCUCGAUGUAGAAACACUUGCUGUAACACUGUCGAAGGGUCAUUCAGGAAAAGAACAAAUUCAAUUUGACGAGUCUGCAAAGUGCUUGAAUUAUUCUGGCUGGAUAAAUGACAGUUCCUCCUCGAUAACUGGCUCUAAAUCCUUUAGGGAAGUCGGAGAAAGUACAUGCUACAUAUGGCAGGUUUUUCUAUAUUAUUUAUUGGUCUGCCCUUCAUAUUAGGUGUUCACUCCACAGAAAAGGGAUGCGUCAUUUUAGGGUUCUCCUGUUUAUUUAGUCCAUUUCCACCCUUGUAAAACACCAGGGCUGUGCUUGUGUGGCUUUGUGAUUUCUCAACACGCCUCCCCCACAAAACAGUCACUUUUUAAGGAGCUCUGUUAUUAUGUUAACGCACAUCCCAGCUGAAAAUAAGCACGGCUGUUUUCUGUUUUGUCUUACUAAAGGAAAAAAAAAACAGCUGCAGCUGGGAAUGGUUUAUACAGCAGUUUCAGAAAUGAUACGUCCAUCUCACAAUGAGAAGGCGAAGGCCGGGCAGAAAAAUCUAUUGCCGGGUUCAGAUGGCUGGAUUUAUCAAGCUCUGUAUAAACAUUGUCUGCAUUAUAGAUUGUAUUAAUGUAUCUGGAACUGAAACCAGUGUAGGAUGUUUUACAGAGUGCAAGAGAUUGUGAGAAGAGUGCAUUAACUCUUUCCUGGUGAAAUUUCCACAGACCAGAGUGCAGUUUCCCACUCGCAGGUUAUGAAUACUGAUGAAAAACAGAUGAGAAACAUGAACGGGUUUUGGGAUUGAUAUCAACAGACAAUUGUGAUGUUCUCACCAGUGGGAGAGCUUGGUUGCUGGACUGGAUGAAUGUAGAUGAAACUAAAUUGCUCAAUUCAUGAUGUUGUUUGCCGGCCUGCUGUGUCUUUGUUAUAUGAAAGCAUGCUGUAUAUUAUUAUUUUUAACAUUCCUUUAUUGUUAAGUGUUCUACAGUAAUGUGCAAGCGUAAAGGUGAUGUUUAAUUUCUUAUUUUGUAUCCUAUUGUGUGGGUUCAGCACAAUUUUUCUGGUUAGAUUGUUAUUUGCCAAGCUGAAGAGGCAGGUUUGUGGGGAAGUGAAGUUGGGAAGCAUAUAGGUGUUGCACAGGCUCCGUGCAUAAUGCUUACUCUAUGGGUGCAACACUAAUAUGUGUUCCCUUGUCACUUCCCUGCAGUCAGCCUUUUUAGAAGCAAAUUUUGCUAGAUUAGUUAGUAAGUAUGGCAAACAAUAUAAGAAAUAAAAAAAGUUUUAGAAAUCAAGUAAAACACAUAAUAGGAUAUUAAACGGGUACAAAUUUAAAUAUUUAGAAAAUGUCAAGUAUAUUUCGCAAUAAAAAGCACUUAUUCGUGUGUGUGUGUGUGUGUGUAUAUAUAUAUAUAUAUAUAUAUAUAUAUAUAUAUAUAUAUAUAUAUAUAUAUAUAUAUAUAUAAAUAUAUAAUUUGACAGAACUUUAUGUACUGUAUAAUCACAAUAUACAAAACCAAUAUGAUAUAGUUUCUCACUAGUGGUAUAGCACAGCUCCAGCUUUCCAUUCUUGUGAAAAAAAUGUAAUGUACUGUAAUGGAUACAUGAAAAUAGUCAAAUUAAAGUUUUAAUUUAUACAGUA